AUGUCGCAUAGCAUCGGCAAGCUCUUUGUCUUCAACAGCGACAACUUUAACCUGAGAAUGGUCGGCCUCGGAUUGAUGCUCUGGCUCGGAGCGUUGCUCUGCUGGUUCUUCAACUCGUCUCCGUCCUACUGGCUGCUUCACUCGCUCUGGCAUCUCUUUGCCAUGUCGGCGGCCGGUGCCUUCGUUGUCGCCAAGCGCGCAAGCACAUAUCGCAUCAUCGACAGCAACGGCGCCGACCUCCUGCGCGCACUGCCGGAAGCCAAGCCGUCGAUGCGCAACGUACUGGUGGCCCCGCUACCGACCACAAAUUCCGAGUCGCUCAAGGACACCAGUGCAUCGUGCAUCCUUGUCCUCGACCCGUAG